AUGAGGUCUAAGAAAAGGCUAUCAAAUAUUGCAAAUCUUGAGGCUAACCGCGGACGAUCAAAGAUGGCAAGAUUAGGUGAUAGCGACGCGAUGGCACCUCAGCAAGAUGCGCUGCCCGCUCCGAGAGAACUGGACAUGCCCGGCGCGGCGGCCCCUCAGCAAGAUGCGUUGCCCGCUCCGAGAGAACGGGACAUGCCCGGCGCGGCGGCCCCUCAGCAAGAUGCGCUGCCCGCUCCGAGAGAACGGGACGUGUCCGGCGCGGCGGCCCCUCAGCAAGAUGCGCUGCCCGCUCCGAGAGAACUAGACAUGCCCGGCGCGGCGGCCCCUCAGCAAGAUGCGCUGCCCGCUCCGAGAGAACUGGACAUGUCCGGCGCGGUGGCCCCUCGGCGAGAUGCGCUGCCCCUUCCGAGAGGACCCGACACGCCCGACAUGACUUUGGAUUCGUACAUGGACCGUUACGCUCCUGUUCACAGCGUGCUCAAUAUCCCGCUGCCACCUAUCGACUUUACCAAAACUUUCGACCCUUUCAACGCUGUCAUGUCUGACGACCGUCAUGUUAACGAGUCACGGAACCUCCAAUCAUAUUAA